GCGGUCGCAACGUCACUGGCGAGGGCCGCCAUUUUGACUGAGCAACCCUAGUGACAGGAGCCGAAGCAGCAGCGAAGGUUGUCCCCGUUUCCCCUCCCCCUUCCCUUCUCCGGUCGACUUCCCGGGUCCCCUACACUCCACAGUCCCGUUCCCGCCAUGUCCCAGAAACAAGAAGAAGAGAACCCUGCGGAGGAGACCGGCGAGGAGAAGCAGGACACACAAGAGAAAGAAGGCAUUCUCCCUGAGAGAGCAGAGGAGGCAAAGCUAAAGGCCAAAUACCCAAGCCUAGGACAGAAGCCUGGAGGCUCUGACUUCCUCAUGAAGAGACUACAGAAAGGGCAAAAGUACUUUGACUCAGGAGACUACAACAUGGCCAAAGCCAAGAUGAAGAAUAAGCAGCUGCCAAGUGCAGGACCAGACAAGAACCUGGUGACUGGUGACCACAUCCCUACCCCACAGGAUCUGCCCCAGAGAAAGUCCUCGCUCGUCACCAGCAAGCUUGCGGGUGGCCAAGUUGAAUGAUGCUGCCCGGGGCUCCGCCAGAUCCUGAGACGCUGCCCCCCUGGGUCCUGUGCUGGCUCCUGCCCCUCCUUGCUUUUGCAGCCAGGGGUCAGGAGGUGGCUUGGGCGCGGGCUGGAGAGGCAGAAGCCCCUGCCCGUCGGUGUCCCAGCGCAUGGAGCCCCUAGGGCUGAGCACCAAGACCUUGAACCUUUUUUGUUUUACCUUUUUUUCCAAAUAACUGUUGGGAGAACUCUCAGUGAAAUCCUGGGGGUGGGGUUGAGAGGGUGGGGUGGGAUAUUUGGGGGAAUGUGAAUUAGGGCUUGGAGCUGAUAAAAAAAAAAAAAAUUCCUGCCUACUUCUUAAUAACCACAUAGCUGCUAUAGGGUGGGGAAGAGUGGGGUGGGGAGUGGAGUAGACUUAGGGAUAAGGGGUUCCAGUUUAGCUCUGUAGACUGAAUGCCUUCUUUGGAUGCAGCUGGAGACCUGGUGUCAGAUAAGACACUGUCAAUCUUCGUAGGACACAUGCAAGAAGCUCCUCUAGUUCAGCAGAGCAAGCUGAGAACUCAUUGUCGAUUGUUCGUUUUAAAAAGUACUGUCCUAGAAAUAGAUUUGCUGUGGGGAGAAGGGCAGAGAGUGGGGGAAGGAGCUAUGAGUGUGGGGAGCCCCACAGAGCCCAGGGGACUUUUACAAUAUUUGAAAUAAAAAACACAACAAAACAAAAACCCACAAAAAAAACCCAGCCCAGAAAUACUCUGAAGCAGUUGGUGUGUUUUAUUGGGGCUUGGGAUGGGGAAGGAAAGAAUGCUGAAGACAGCACUCGGGAGAAGCUGGUGUGGGCCCUGAGCUUCAGCUGAACACAGGGACCUGUAAUGGGGUACGGCUGGCCUCUCCACUUGCAUCACUCAGGGAGAGGGAACGUGAUGAUGUUGAUACACGGACAGGGCUUUUCCUCACCCCUGUCCAUCCCCUUGUUCUGUAACUGAUGCAGAAGAUCCGUCAACCUCAGCUUGGAGCUCACAAAAUACAAGGGGAUUCAAGGUG